AAAGGGAACCCGUGUGGUUGUGGUUAUUAUAUUGUGCCUUAGAAAGAAGGGCAGAACCCGGUUGUGAGGAAGAAACCCGCAAACCUAUAAAUAAAGCAAUUCACUCUGUUAACUACUCAUUCAACUCAACUCACUCAAGUUGCUGAGGCUUCUCAGAAAUCUUCACCAAUUAUCUGCAAAUAUUGGAUGGAUGAAAACUGUGUUUACGGUGAUGCGUUGUCCACAUUAACAAAGCUUCAAGGACACAAGAAGGUACUUGGAGUUAACCACCCUUUAGUAUUCCUACGAAAUGCAAUAAUUUUUGCCUUACCAUUGGAUGCCACAAGAUGCUUUACUCAGGAUCAAUGGACCAAACCAUUAAGGUUUGGAAUCUUGACACAUUUGAGUGUACAGUGACACUCCAUGGGCAUACUGGCCCAGUCACAUCCCUUAGAUGUUGGGACAAUUUCUUGUUAUCUGGUUCAUCUGAUUGCACCAUUAAGGUCUGGGCUGCCACUGAAGAAGGACCUCUAAAAGUGAUAUAUUCACAAAAUGUGGAAAACACGAGAAUUUGGAUCGAUAGAGGUUGGUUCCGGUGGACUCUUCUUCCCCAGAGAUGGUACUGGUUUGAUGACGGCCUGGAAAUGGUUGAAAGAUCCCAAAUUGGCAGCAUCCUCUUGAGUCAUGAGAAAGAUAAUCUUCUUUUGGUUUUCUUGCACCAACUACCUUGUUGAUGUGAUUGAUGCUUUCAGGCAGAGGAGUAUAUGAUCAAUUAUAGUCCAUUAGAAUCCUCUUGAGUCAUGAUCAUUUAUACAGUUUGUAACACUAGUCAAUUUAUUUUCCCCUGAUCAUUGAGAUAUAUUGAUUGUAAAAAGAUGAAAAUGUUAUAUUGAACAGUCCAAUUUCUGCUGUUAGUUCAAGUUAUCAUUCUUUCUAACCAAUGUUAUUAUUCUCUUCUGAUGUAACUAAAAAAUAUAGUGAAGAUUAUCUUUGUAUAUUGUUUCUA